AUGCCACCAUGUCUGCUCAACAUACUGCCAUCCUUGUCUGCACGACCCACACAUGCGGAAACCGCCACAACAGCGCACGGGCAUGCUAAGUCAACGGGCACGCAAAUUCGCCGUCUCCUCUCGAACCCCGCCAUCCGACUCCCCUCGAACGCCAUUGUCCCACUCCUCUCGAACCCCGCCGUCUUAGUCCGCUCGAACCGCGCGGAUCUGCACAAUUCUCCACCAUCCUCAUCCGCGUGA